AUGCAACUAGACACAAUGCCUCUUCCCACUGGUGUAUAUCGGGCCGACCACGUCGGCUCCUUCCUCCGCCCCAAAGCCGUCCUCGAAGCGCGUACAAAGGCAGCCAACGGUGAGAUCACCGCCGACGAGCUCCGCAAUGUCGAAGACGAACACAUCAAAUACGUCGCAAAGAAGCAAAUAGAGAGCGGUCUCCGAUCCAUCACCGACGGCGAGUUCCGCCGCGCAUACUUCCAUCUAGACUUCCUCAAGCACGUCGAAGGUAUCGAGGAGAAGGGUCAAGUGGGAAACAUCAGGCACAAGGAUGGCUUCUCGCCACCAACGCUGGUCGUAAAGGGAAAGCUGGCCCACCCCGAGGCCAUUCAGGUCAAGGAUUUCCAGUUCCUUGAGCAAGCGAUCAAAGAGAAUGGCGGCAAGGCGAGCACAAAAGUCGCCAUCCCAUCGCCAACAAUGGUGCAUUUCCGUGGUGGACGCGCCUCGAUCGACAUCUCCGCAUACCCCGACCUUGAUGUCUUCUUCGAGGACCUCGCGCGCGUAUACCAGGAGGAACUAGACAGCCUGUACAAGGCCGGCUGCCGCUUCGUCCAACUCGACGACACCAACCUGGCCUACCUGUGCGACCCCGACAUGCGCAAAGCCGCCGAGCAAGAACGCAACGAAGACCUCAGCACCCUCCCCCGCAAAUACGCCGAGCUCAUCAACAAGGCCAUCGAGAAACGACCCGCAGACAUGAAGAUCGGCAUCCACCUCUGCCGCGGCAACUACCGCUCCAAGUGGUUCGCCUCUGGCGGCUACGAGCCCGUCUCAGAAGUUCUCUUCAAGGAGCUCAACGUUGAUGCCUACUUCCUCGAGUACGACGAUGCGCGAUCUGGCGACUUCUCCCCGCUGCGCCAUCUGCCCGAGCACAAGGUCGUUGUGCUCGGUGUCAUGAGCAGCAAGAAGAACACCCUAGACGACAAGGAGGAGAUCAUCAAGAGGCUACAUGAGGCGGCUAAGGUUGCCCCCAAGGGUCUCGAUCAGCUUUGCGUGAGCCACCAGUGUGGAUUCAGCUCCACAGCUGAGGGUAACGAGUUGACGGAGGAGGAGCAAUGGGCUAAGGUGAAGCUGAGUGUAGAGAUUGCCAAGCAGGUCUGGGGCGAUGACAUUAGCAAGUAA